AUGGCCCCGCCCAGGAACGAGCGCCUCUUCGAGCCAAAUGCAUCCAUCGUGCUCGUCGGCUGCCGGGGCGCGGGCAAGCGCACCCUGGGCUUCCUGGGCGCCCUCCAUCUCCGGCGGCGCCUCGUUACCGAGGACCACUACUUCGAGAAGGUGACGGGGCUCUCGAGGGGCCAGUACCUCGCCAGGCACGGCAGGGACCGCUUCGCCCGCCAGACCAUCGACGUGUUCAGGCGCAUGCUGGACGCCAACCGGACCGGGUGCAUCAUCGAAUGCGGCAUGAGCAGCUUCAACCAGGAGGCCCAGGACGUCCUGCGCGAGUACUCCAAGACGCACCCCGUCGUCUACAUCCAUCGCGAAAAGGAGCAGAUCGCCAGCCUGAUGGACGCCGCGGAUGCCCAGCAGCUGCUCGAGGCCGACGGAACCCACAGGAGCUGCUCCAACUUUGAAUACUACAACCUCCACGACUCGGCCACCCCCAUCGCCGCCUCGGCUUCCGUCUCCGGUACCAGCACGCCCACCAACGGCCGGCAGCAGUCCGGGCCGUCCAAGCUCCUGUGCGUCCAGGAGGACUUUGCCCGCUUCCUCGACAUCAUCACGGGCCGCGGCGCAGCCAAGGCGUGGCUGGAGAGCCCCUUUUCCGUCGCCGCCAUCCCCGUCGAGUUCCGCGCCUACUCAUACGCCCUGCGGCUGCGGCUAUCGUCCCUCGUCGGCGUGGAUCUCGACUGGGAUGAUUUCGAGGCAAGUGCGGACUGCGUCGAGCUGAUCAUCGACCACUGGCCAGACGACCUCAUGAACGUCAUCGCACGGCAGGUCGCCCUGAUCAGAAGGUACAUGGGCGUCCCCAUCAUCUACCACGUCGAGGAGAACCCCCGCGGCGAGCGGCGGAGGCCGCCCGAGGAGAAGAACCCCAUGGACGCCGAGCUGCUCGAGCUGGGCCUCCGGCUAGGAGUGGACUACAUCAGCGUCGACCUCCAGCGCGACGAGGCCCUCGUACACCGGGUUCUGCAGCGCCGCGGCAGGUCGAAGGUUAUCGGCAACUUCUGGCACAUGGGGUUAGGCGCUCUCCCUUGGCAGGACGACCGACAGAUCGAGAACUACCGGCGCGCCCGGGCGCUCGGCUGCGAUAUCGUUCGGAUGGUGCGGUUCUGCGUCAACGACAGCCCGGCCGAGUACCUCGACGACUUCAAGAAGCGGGUGCACGAGACCUUCCCCGACCCCAAACCGCCCCUGGUCGCCUACGACUUCUCCGUCCUCGGCGUGCGCACCCCGCUCCAGACCAACAUCCUCGCCCCCGUCAAGCACCUGGGCAUGGAGAACGGGCGCGACCACCUGGCCACCGUCUCGCACGCCUCCCACGCCUUCGAGAUGAACUUUCGCCAGUUCCUGCUCGACCCCCUCCAGUUCUACGUCCUCGGCUCCAACGUCUCCUACUCGCUCUCCCCGGCCAUGCACACGGCCGCCUACGACUUCAACUCGAUGCCGCACUCCUUCCGGGCCGUCUCGUGCGCCACCCUCGACAGCCUCAACCAGAUCUGCUCCGCCGACACCUUUGGCGGCGCCUGCCUGACCGCGCCCUUCAAGGUGGCCGUCAUGCCCCAACUCAAAGUCAGGUCGGCCCACGCGGACGCCAUCGGCGCCGUCAACGUGCUCCUGCCCCUGCGCGGCCGCACCGGCGCCGUCCUGGACCACGCCAACGCGCGCAACCGCGCCGGCCCGGCCCGCGGGUUCUUCGGCGACAACACCGACUGGAGCUCCAUCCUCACCUGCCUCCGCAGGGCCAUCUCGCCCCGCAACCACGUCCAGCCGUCCAAGACGACCGCCCUGGUCGUCGGCGCCGGCGGCAUGGCCCGCGCCGCCAUCUACGCCCUCUACCAGCUCGGCUGCCGCAACAUCUUCGUCUACAACCGCACCGUCCGCCGCGCCACGGACGUCGCCGCCCAUUUCAACCGCUGGGCCGCCCUCCAGGCUGCCGCUGCCCCGCCGACCGCUCCCACCACCGCCACGGGCCCCACCCAGAAUGCCGGCGGUAUGUGUAGGGUGCUGACGUCGCUGUCGGAGCCCUGGCCCGAGGGGUUCCAGCUGCCCACCAUUGUCAUCUCGUGCGUACCGGCGACGAGUGUGGACGGAAACCCGCCGGCGGAUUUUGUGAUGCCGCUGGACUGGCUCCGGAGUCCGACCGGUGGCGUCGUAGUCGAGUUGGCUUAUGAGCCCCUCGUCACCCCUCUGGUUGCGCAGAUGCGGGCAGUGCGCGACAAGAUGUGCCCGUCGUGGGUCGUGGUGGACGGGCUGGAAGUGGUCGCCGAGAUGGCCAUCGAGGCGUUUGAGCUCAUGACUGGCCGCAUGGCGCCGAAGCGAAUCAUGAAGGAGGUCUGUCGAAAGACUUGGGAGAGCCAGCAGCAGCGGAGGGCUCUCUCGUAG